AUGUCAUCCGAAGCCCUCCCCAUAAGCCCCGCCGCCUUCGCCGAAGCCAUAACAGAGCUCACGCUCCCAGUUCUCUACGCCAAAGUUGCCGAGCUCCGCAACUCCAUCGCACACCUGCAGCGCUCUAACGCCGAACUCCGCACCUUCAUCACAGAGUCCUGCGAGACCGAGGCCGACAAGCGCGAGCUGGAGGGGUAUAUUGUGGAGAAUGAGGGGGUGAAGGAGUCGAUGGAUGCGCGGAUCGCACUGUGCAAGGCGGAGGUUGAGCGGAGAGGCCAGACAUGGAUUGAGCUGGAUGAGAUCACUGGGAGUGAGGAAGGGAAGCCAGAGGGAGAGGGAACUACGAGGUCGGAGUCUACGAGUGCGACUGUUGCCCCGACUGCGAACGGGAAUGGGAAUACUGAAGCGUCUGAGAGGAGGUCCACGGAGAGGGAUAACGAGGGUGAUGAUGGGGUGUACCUUUGA